CGCAUAAUUAGCUUUCCUUCAUUCAAGAACCCGACCCCUCUCAUUUACUCCCCCUGCUGCUUUCCCUCGAUCCUUAUAUCAAAUCAACUUUAACUCCACCAUUUUUCACUCACUCUUUCCCAAAAAUGGCUGCAAAUUUCACUCUUUUCCUCGUCAUCUUUUGUGCUUUUUUCCAACUCUCUAGGCCUUUUACAGUCAUCAUGACGGAUUCCGGCGUCCCCUCUACUCUCAUCGACGGUCCUCAAACCGGGUUUUCGAUUAACAAAAAUGGGGCUCGGACCAACCCUCAAGAGCAAGAUGCGGUUUACGAUAUAAUGCGAGCCACGGGGAAUGAUUGGGCCACGGAUAUCCCCGACGUUUGCCGUGGGCGGUGGCACGGCAUCGAGUGCAUGCCGGACAAAGAUAACGUUUACCACAUUGUUUCCUUGUCUUUCGGGGCAUUGUCCGAUGACACUGCUUUCCCUACCUGUGAUCAGACAAAGUCUUAUCUUUCAGAGUCCAUUACCAAGCUUCCUCAUCUUAGGACACUCUUUUUUUACCGUUGUUUCACUUGUAAUCCUCAGCCAAUCCCAAAGUUUUUGGGUCAGUUGGGUUCUACUUUACAGACUUUGGUCCUUAGGGAAAAUGGGCAUAUUGGUUCCAUUCCUGCUGAACUGGGAAAUCUUACUCGUUUAAGGGUUCUUGAUCUUCACAAGAACAACCUUAACGGUUCGGUCCCUGUUUCAUUAGGCCUGAUCACUGGCCUAAGGUCGUUAGAUUUGAGUGGGAACAAAUUAAACGGUUCAAUUCCUGCUUUUAGCUUCCCGGUUUUGAAUGUUUUGGAUAUGAGUCAAAAUCUUUUAAUGGGUUCAAUCCCAUUUACCCUUGGGUCAUGCCAGUCUUUAGUUAAAAUCGAUUUUAGUCACAAUCGUUUGACCGGUUCCAUACCCGAUUCUUUUAGUGGGCUGAAAGAGCUCAUCCUAAUGGAUGUGAGUUAUAAUCGCUUGUCCGGCCCAUUUCCAACAUCACUCAGUAGCUUAACUUCCCUACAAGCUUUGAUCCUCAAAGGCAAUCAAAUGGGAUCAACUGCCAUUCCUAGUGAUUGCUUUGAUGGAAUGAAGGAUUUAAUGAUCCUAGUUUUAUCGAACAUGAACUUGCAUGGACCGAUCCCCGAGUCAUUAGGCCGGUUGAACAGCCUUCGGGUGGCUUAUCUUGACGGAAAUCACUUCAAUGGGUCAAUUCCAAGCAACUUCAGGGACUUGAAGAAUGUUAGUGAACUAAGGCUGAAUGAUAAUCACUUAACCGGCCCGAUUCCGUUUGGAAGAGAAAUGGUGUGGAAGAUGGGGCGCAAGCUUAGGCUUAACAACAAUUCAGGACUAUGUUAUAAUGCAAAUAACGGGUUUGAAGAUGCCUUUGAUAGGGGCAUCGGUUUAUGUGAUGCACAUAAACCCGGUUCAGCAAGGACAGUGCAGCAUUUGUCCAACAACACAAAUGGGGAUAUGACAACAACAAUAAAUGUAUCAGCUGGGGCAGUUCGUAAGACUUCAGUUUCUGUUAGGUUAUCUCAGUUGGCAUCACUAUUUUUGUUCAUUUUGCUGUCUUUACAAGGGAAAUUUGGUUUUGAGAUGGCGUUCUGCUCUAUGAUUUGUUGUGGGAAAGGCGUUGAUCGGAAAGAGAAGGGAAAGCAGCAGCCGACAUGGAGGAUAUUUUCAUUGAAAGAAUUACAUUCAGCUACCAAUAAUUUUAAUUAUGACAACAAGCUUGGAGAAGGGGGAUUUGGCAGUGUAUAUUGGGGUCAGCUAUGGGAUGGAUCACAGAUCGCAGUUAAGAGGUUGAAGGUGUGGAGCAAUAAAGCAGAAGUGCAGUUUUCGGUUGAGGUUGAGAUAUUGGCGAGAGUUAGACACAAGAAUCUACUGAGUUUACGAGGAUACUGUGCUGAAGGGCAAGAACGUCUGAUUGUAUACGACUACAUGCCCAACCUAAGUUUGCUUUCACAUCUUCACGGGCAUCAUUCAUCAGAAUGCCAUCUUGAUUGGAGUAGAAGGAUGAAUAUCGCAAUUGGCUCUGCUGAAGGAAUUGCUUACCUUCACCAUCAUUCAACCCCACACAUAAUUCACAGAGACAUCAAAGCUAGUAAUGUGUUGCUAGAUUCAGAUUUCCAGCCUCAGGUUGCUGAUUUUGGGUUUGCAAAAUUUAUCCCUGAUGGUGCAACACAUGUGACUACUCGAGUUAAGGGUACCCUUGGCUACCUUGCCCCUGAGUAUGCUAUGUUAGGAAAAGCUUCGGAGAGUUGUGAUGUGUACAGUUUUGGCAUUCUUCUGCUAGAGCUUGCCAGUGGCAAGAAACCCCUUGAGAAACUGAGUCCAACGGUGAAACGCCCCAUUGCAGAAUGGGCUCUCCCUCUAGCUUCUGAGGGGAAGUUCAGUGAAUUGGCGGAUCCAAGGCUAAAUGGGAAGUAUGUGGAAGAAGAGCUGAAAAGGGUUGUUCUGGUCGCACUUGUAUGUGCUGACGCUCAGCCCGAGAAAAGACCUACCAUCCUUGAAGUUGUCAAGCUGCUCAAAGGAGAGUCCAAAGAGAAAUUAAGUGAACUAGAAAAUAGUGAUCUGUUCAAGAACCCGCAGUCUGCUGUUUGUAAUGAUGAGAUAUUAGCUUCCGAGGAGAGCUCAGACACAAUUAAGGAAGAGAAGGAUUCCUAAUCCGGUGAAGGAGACUGAGCACGGAAGUCCUUAAGAUGGCUAAUUCCAAGGACGAAUUUAAGUAUUAGAUGUCAAAAUUUGUAUAUUUGAUAUGCAUAUAUAUAUUAUUGUUUUCUUUUGCUUAUUUAUCUUCUCGUAAGAGGUGGCAGUGGUUACCGAUGCCGGCAACACCACGUUGUAACAUGGAACCAUGCUUCAGGAGUGCUAUGAUAUAUGUCUGGGGGUCAACGAAAUGUUUCUUGAA